AUGAAGGGGGGAGGUCGCGGUGAGCGCGAGCAGGCGACCGCGAGGGCGCGGAGGUCAGUCGCGGCGGCGCGCCGGCCGGCCGCGAGUGCGCGAGGGUCGGCCGCGGCUCCGCGUCGGUCGUCCGCGUCAGCGCGAGGGACGGCCGCGUGGCUCCGCGUCGGCCGUCCGCGUCAGCGCGAGGGACAGCCGCGUGGCUUUGCGGUGGCCGUCCGCGUCAGCGUGGGGAUCGGCGCCGCUCGCGUGCUGGCCGUCCGCGCUGGCGCGCAGGUCGUCGAUGGCUCCGCGCUGGCCGUGCGCGUCGGCGCGCGGGGUGCUCGUGGCUGCGUGCUGGCCGUCCGCGACGGCGUGCUGGCCGUCCGCGACGGCGUGCUGGCCGUCCGCGACGGCGUGCUGGCCGUCCGCGACGGCGUGCUGGCCGUCCGCGACGGCUUGCUGGCCGUCCGCGACGGCUUGCUGGCCGUCCGCGACGGCGUGCUAGCCGUCCGCGACGGCGCGCGGGUCGUCCGCGACGGAAGGCGUGAGGGAGGCGUGACGGCGGGAGAGAGGAUUGAGGCCACGGGAGAGCGGUUGAAGGCCGCGAGAGGGAGGAUUGGGGCCGCGGGAGGGAGGAUUGAGGCCGCGGGAGGGAGGAUUGAGGCCGCGGGAGGGAGGAUUGAGGCCGCGGGAGGGAGGAUUGAGGCCGCGGGAGGGAGGAUUGAGGCCGCGGAGGAGUAG